AUGGGAAACACAUCUGUCAGAAGGUAGAAGAAGAAGAAGGGGCAAAACGAAGAAGAAGAAGAAGCAGAGAGCUCUGUUUCGCAGCCAAUUAUUUUCCGAAUUGAAUUGCGAAAAAAAACCCGUACAGAGUAUCCCAACCAGAAGCAGGACCACACAAACCAUAGCGGCGCACCUCCGGAAUGGCCACGGAGCAGCAUCACCAGCAGCGCGUCCUCAAGCAAGAUGGCUACUUGGAUUUGGGCGACUGUAAUAGUGCUCCAUCUCGACCCUUCGAGAUGCGCAACGUCGUCUAUCAUCCGCAAUUAAAUGUCCUUUUGCUCUUUGACAACGGCAGCACGGUCAAGGUCCUGGACGCCAAUUCCGGUGUGAUCCUGCAGACCUAUCAGCUCAGUAGCAAUGGCGACAGCAUAGUCAAUGGUCGUUAUAUGCCCCUGCAGGACAAGAUCUUGUUCUGGGAUGGUCACAAUCUCGGAUUGCGAGGCGAUUACAAUGGCGUCCUGUUGCUGGACACCAUUCUGCAGGCACCAAUUGGCCAAAAUGACGACUACAUCAAAAUGGAGAUCAUCCUGUCCGAGGCGAUCAUCUUUCAGAACUGCAUCACCGAACUGGAGAGUGAGGGUUUGGAGUGCCCCUGUGACAUUAGCAAUGAGCUGACGCAGAAGAUCAACCAGGCGCAGCUGAAUGCCAAGAAGGGCAUUAAGGCCCAGCGGUGGAAUACCAUAUGCUUGGAGGUACCCUAUUCCAGCCUAAAGCUAGUAUCCAAUAAUAUGGUCAUCCUACUGAAGCGCCUGGAGCGCCACAUUCCCGUACUGGCAAUCGCCUCCGCCAUCAAUGAGCGUCUGACUGACAUGCUGAUGGGCUCUCGCGUGCCGGACUUUGGCUGGAACUUUAGCAAUUUUCAGCGCGUGCUCAUGCACUCGGAGGCAGUGCGUCGGCAAACGUUCGAGAAGUGGCCGCAUAUGGACUACAAAUGGGCCCUGCCCGAUCAGAUGGCUCAGGCCGGGUUCUACCAUCAGCCAUCUUCAUCUGGCGAGGAUCGCGCCAUGUGCUUCACCUGCAACGUGUGUCUUGUAUGCUGGGAGAAGACGGAUGAGCCGUGGAGCGAGCAUGAGAGGCACUCGCCACUGUGUCCAUUUGUCAAGGGCGAAUACACACAGAAUGUCCCGCUGUCCAUAACCUACGCUACCAAUCCCGCUUUACCAGCACCAGGACUAGGUUUCGAUAUCAUUUCCAACAGCGAUUACGCAAACGUGCUCUGCACCAGUUGCUCGCAGACGGGAGAGUUGAGCGUGUGGAGUAUUGAACGCCAUUUGAAGCUAAUGCACAGCUUUCAUGUUCCGACACUGCUUAACUACCUUUUCGAGGAGAGCUUCGAGUGGGCAAGGGUUACUGCCAUUUGUGUGCUACCGAAUGCGCGAGCUCGCACUAAAGUGAACUAUGUGUACUCGGCGGCAAAUUAUGGCGGCUCAGGAAGCAGCAGUGGAGCGGGAUGCCACUCAGGAUUGAAUGCUGUGUCUAGUGGAAAGUUCGGCAGUGUGAAUGCCCAGCAUAUCACCUCCACGUCCACGCUUCGGGCCGGCGUUGUUGGAUCCAAAAUUGUUCUGGGCGUCAGCGUGCGCCAGAGCAGCGGAGAGUUGGCCCUGCGGAUGGUAGUGCUUAACAUCGUGGAGGUGGACCGUAACAGUGAGACCUCAGCGAGCGUCAGCAAUGAUAGCGGCAGCGUGUCCAGCGUUGGAGGCCAACUGAUGAAGUCUUCAUCUCCUAUGGUCAACGUAUCCGCCGAAAACAAUGCCACCGUGACCCAAGUGAAUCUAGAGUCCAAGGAUGAUGAUAACAAGGCUAUGACCCCAUACGAGAAAUUUGCCGAUGGCUUUGAUAGCAACGGAUUUGUGUCCGCCUUGAUGACCUAUAACAAAAAUAAUGGAGUUAGCCAAAACACUGACGAUGCCUCUGUUCUAUAUGAUUUCGAUUUGUGCACCUUGUCUCAGAUACUUGAUCACAAUCUGGAAGAGCCACUCAGUUUAAUGGUAGGAUCGAAUACGGUGAAUGUUAGCAAUCUUGGCAUGGGCAACGAGAUUGAUAAGCUGGCCGAGGAUGCCGAGAUGACUCACCAAAACAAUAAUAAUAAUAACAACAACAACGAGGCGAAUUCCCUUGGCGGAAAUUCCUCUAAUAAUAACAAUAACAUAAUGAUCAACGGAGGCACUAACAGCACCAGUGACAAAAUGACCGCCACCGAAGAGAUAGACUGUGUGGUGGAGAGCUGGACAAGUGUGAAGCGCAUGAACGCUUUAGAUGGUGCCAGCAGUGGGGUAAAUGGUGUGACCCAUAUGGCCCAGGAGGUUAUCGAAAUUGCCGAAAUUCUGCCGACUACUCCUAAGUGCAACCAGCUGCUGGUCAAAUUGCUGCGUACCAAGGCGCCCGAGGCAGAAGGCAGCAAAAUCAUCAUGGCCACCGUGGCCAAGGAGGAGGAGGAAGAGGAUGAGGAGCAGCGAACAGACGAAUCAAUGGAGACAGAUAACAACGCCGAAGGGAAUGUUGCAGCUCAGCUCUUAGUGUUCGACUACGAUGACACUGAAAUAUCCAACGACUACACCCUGGCCAUGACUUUCAGUAGGGCCAAGUUCCCCAAGCAACUGUGCAUUCUGCCCCAUUUCAACUCUUCUCCGGAGCACAAGGAUGCCGGCUCCAUAUGUGUGGUGUGUGCAGAUGGCACCGUGGAGAUUUAUUCCCUCGCUGACUUCCAAGGGACUAUGGUGAUCGAGGAGGAAGGCGAGCACUUUGAGUCUGUGGUUUAUUGCCGGAACUUGGAUAGACUGUGCUGCUGCUCUCGCCAGGGCGGCCUGCUCUUCUACUCGCUAAGCGAGGGGGAGAAUGAUUCUGGAGACGAACUACUGGAAAUGGACGAUGACUGCAGUACCACGCUUACACAGGCAGCGGAUGUAAGUGUCACGGAUGGGGCUCGCCAGUUAGGCGGAACAGAUCUGCUGGGUAAGACCCUGCUCGCCAACGAAUCUAUUUGCGUGGAUGUUGGCAGUGAGGCCGCGGCAGUCCCGAACUCCUCCAGCGCGGCUCAGGGUGCGCACGUCCAAACUUCGCCAUCGGCAGCUUCUGCAGCAGCCACCAAUGCCAACCUGCUCGCUAACAAGACGGCCGACCUUUCACUCGAAGACCUAAAAGUCUUUUACGCACUCACCGCAUUUGAUGAUAAGCUAACUGUCUACUCAGCUGAAGUGCCCAGUUGUUGGAACGAUCUUGGACAGGUGCAGAAGCAACGUAAGCAGUCACAAAACAUGCGUCACGGUGGCGACGAACGUGAUUUUACUCGAACCUGGCGUCUUCACAACGAUGCAACCACAUGGGACGAGCACAUUAUAGAGCUGAACUUGGCCCAACCCGUAUCUUUGGGACAUAUCGAUCUGAAGUUUACGGUUUACCAGCAAUGCUCAAACCCUGCAGCGAUUCAGGUUACGUUACUGAAACAAAAUACCAACGGAUUUGGGUACCGAAUGAAGGGGCCUCAUUCAAGUUAUAAGCCGAAUGUCAUCGAUGACAACAUUGAUCUCUCCUAUAUUGCCAACGAAAAUCCCGUGCUAAGUGAGGAGUAUUUACUAGCCCACAAUGCGGAAGUUUUGGCCGGUCCCAUUGAACUCUCCUCAUGCAUUGAUCUGUGUGAUCAGGGAGGCACCGCCACGCUCACAUCCCCAAAACUAUUUAAGACACGCACUAGAAACUUCUUGCUCCAUAUCAAAACAGUGUCCGAUCCGUCGAAAGAUGGCCAGAACAAGACUAGAGCUUCUCCAACGCGGAACAAGCGUCCGCAUCAAGUUGAGGAAUUGGUGGAACGUAACAAGGUCUCUAGAAACCCCUUUAAUGUGGACAACAUAAUCCGUAUGGUCAAGACAGCAGUCCUUAAAGUAUUUCCAGCGGCAAAAAACGCUUGCGUUAAAAUAAUACAAGUAAACAAACCCAAAGCCCAAGAAAAUCAACAGAUAUUUGUAGCCAAGAUCUUAAAAAACAAGACCCAAAGCCAGUCAGCUGCAGUUGCUCCCUCUGUUGGACGCAGGCCCGAGCAACUGCCCAGUAGGGAAGGCUGCGACUGGUUACACGAGAUUUCCAUCAGUGUGCGCGCCGUCAAGUCUCACAGUCGAAUCAGCAAUGGACGGAUGCAGCGCAUCGCCAUGUUGGAGAGCAACGUGUUGCUGGUGCAACUGCUGCGCAUCGCUAGUGAUCCGUCUUCCAGCCCGUUGGCCAAGAACCUCGCACUUGAUAUACUUAAUUGGAUUUGCUUCAUCAGACUGAACCGUUUUCGGUCACCCAAGUCGGAGCGUCUCAAGGAUCAGAUUAAUAAACAAACGGCAGCUAACAUACAAGAUUUGCUGGCGCAGCAGUUCGAGUGCAUUUCCUUGGCUGAGAAGCAUAUCGAGCAAUUGCUGCGGAACUGCGUUGUCUACAGCGAACGUAGUACAGCCCACAAAUGUGUGAAACUGCUGAUCAUGUUGACAGAGGGUGCAACCAAUCUGCCGCCGGAGGUGCAGGACCACACGACGCUGGACUAUAGCUUCAAAGCGGCGAUUGCCAACACCUUUCCGGAGCUACCGCGCGCUCAGUGUGGCAGCGUUGUGCGCUGGUAUAUGAUGCUAGCCUGUGCCACAUCCACCGCCGAGUCCCACAACAGCAUCUCUGAGCAGGCGAUCAGUCUGCUUAAAGAGAUUGCCGGCGAAAUCGACAAGCGUUGGGACCCUCACUGUGCUCUGUUAAGCACGCGAUUCGGACUCUACGGGUAUCCCUUUGAGCCGGAAAUCUUUGACUUUGACUUUCCGAACGUCAGCAGACAAGGUCCCGGAUCGUCGGUUGCCCUUACCAAUGUGAUACGCAGCAGUUCCACAAUUCUGCCAGUGACUGGUCUAGACAUCAAGCGACUAAGCUCCAUAGAUGGCGUAGACUUCCGGACAUUUCCAUAUCUGAUCCGAGGAAAAAGCAUCAGUAACCAGCUCCGUGGGUUGCUAGAGGUGGUUCAGCUGCACUUCAACUGCGUCCAAACUUCCGAGGCUACUCGCAUCGACAAUAUCGAUAGUGUGGGAGCUAACUCUGCUGCCAACGUGGUAAUUGAGGAUGUGAUGAUGAUGCCAAAGCAAGUGGUGGCAAAGGAGAAAGGAGAGGAAAUGCUCAAUGAUUUGGUCAAUGAUGUGGAGUGUCUGGUAGAGGAAAUGAAGGAAAAGCAGGGAAAGGUCGACUACGAUGCUUUUGGCUUGGUCAAUGGCUUCAAAGAUAAAACAUUAGGGUCUUCGCUUUCAAACUCUGUUAAACAGACAUUGAAAGAAGAGGUUAAAAAGGAAAAAGCGGACAUGUUGGACAAACUAACUAUUGCAAAGUUUUUACCGAAGUUGACGCUACUUGAAAGCUACAUGCAACAGAAGAUCAAUGAGCACAUUUCGUUCGAUGACUUUGGCAAACUGGAGAACUGGGACGGUAACAAAACGCCGCCAUUUAAUUUGGAGGUGGAAGCUCCCAUCGAAUGCUCUGGGACUACCUCCGACCCCAACUUGUCACAACAGACCACAUCAACAGGUGAAGGCAUACUUGACGAUGCCGCGGAAAGCGAGAAGAUCACGGAGAGCUUGAACGCCAAUCCUUGCCAGCCGAUUGCUUGGCACAAAUUAAUCACUCCGCCGCCCAAGCAGAUGAUCGUCAUCGAUCGCAUGCAUUCGGGUGCAAGACGAUUUGUGGUUUUAGACUUUGGACAGCAUAUUCUUCUAACAGAUUUGGUGAUUCCCGCCUGCGAUGAGUUGACGUCCCUUAAUAUAGAUAUCUGGUGCUUUGACGAGGAGACCGAUUGCACGAGGUUGGUGCAGGUGAACGACAUUCAAACUAAAACGCUUGUGCUUAGCGACAUUCAGCCGGCGCCAAUUUGCCGGUACCUAAAGUUGACCAUUAUAGGUCGGAUCGGUAUGUCGACCACCAAGUGCAAAGUGCCCUUGGGACGGUUCUUUGGCCAUCCAGUAGUACUGGAGCACGACGGAUAUGGGGACCAGCUUAUGAAGUACAUAAAGCAGCCCACACACAGUCUUCAGUCGCAAUUAAAGUCGCUAAAUGCACUGUACGAAGAUGUCCAUUGCCGGUAUAGCCUCGCUAGCUGCAAAUUGAUGGAUCUGCUGGCACCCAUGAGAAAUAGUGAGCUGUCCAAUGUGGCUCACCUACAGGCCUUUAUCAAUAAGCAACGUGAUGAGGAGCUAAGUGGACUGGAUAACAACAAUAAGGUGGUCUCACUGUACGAUGAAUGCAUGCUUCUGCAGUAUCAGAUCAAUGUUAUUCGUAACGUGGUGCUCCGUUUGGAACGAGCUCUCUCCCCUAAUUUGUUGACUACAACGCCUCUUCCGGGGCAUUCUAUUCCCCUAACGGAGGAUACCCUGCGCGCUGCCUCGAGGGACAAGUUGCGUGUGCUUAGUCUGAGUCUGGUGGAGGUGCUUCUGCACUUUUCCAUCGAGUAUGGCAUCAAGAACAUUCUGCCCGUUCAUCAAAGAUUCAAUGCCGCCACGGCGAAGGCGCUCUUCAACGCCCUGGUUGUCUACAGUGAUGCCCAACUGCAGUUGGCCACAUGCUCGUUGCUUGUGCGUAUGUGCUGCUUCCAGACGUGGUGGGGUGACUUUCUCGCCGACACCUUCUGCAGCCUAUUCUCUGCCCAGAAUUGCAAAGCUUUCCCCCAGGAUCGUAUAUUCUUUUUGCUCACCUACCUGGGACGCCGAAGCAUUGCUAUGGGCGCCUGCCGCUCCAUAGUAAUCGAUGCCGUGCUUAAGACUCUUGUCAAGCUGUUGGCCCCCAUCUCGCCGCAUUACAAAUACCAGUCGGAGCAGCCCAGCACAUCGGCUAACGCUGCUGAUCGCAAUGCCGCUAUGGGCACAACAUCUGACCUGCAGCUGAUUACCUGGCUGCUGCUGUUUCUCUCAGUGUGCCUGGAUGACAACGAGCGUAAGGAUAAAUCAGCAGCUCGCUGGGACUUUAUGAGCUGCGAGAGCGAUUUUACCAAGACCAGACCUAGUAAUACUCCCAACAGCAAGCAGCUGCGGUGCUUUAAGAAACGCAUCAUUCAGCAAAACAAGUACUCAGUGCAGCCCUACACAGAUUGGGGAAAGAAGAUUUACAUGAUACAGAAUGAGCAUCCAGGCAUUUUCAUGGAGCUGUCAACGAAAUCAAAGGGCACGGGACCGACCAAGUCCACCUCCACAGGUGGCAAGAUCAAUAUGGGAUCCUCUGGCUUGUGUGUGGGUGGUGCUACAAGUUCAAGUAGCAAUGCAACAAAGAGUGGGGCUUCCUCAUCGUCCCCAAAGCAUCAGGUUGUGCCGGGUUCCGAUGGCGAACGCGACAGCAACUUUGACAAGGGAUUAAAGACGCUUCGAAUGACCAACAUUAAGGUGGUUAUUCGUGGUCUCUUUGCCCUGUUGCUUGAAAUGGACUUCGAUUGCAAUAUGGAUCAGUUUUUGCUCACCUGCAAGGUCAUCGCCCGUUUGGUGGCUGCCUGCAGACCGUCUGUACAGCUGUGUAAGAUUGUGACCACCGCCCAGCUGGAGCAGCUUGUACGUCUAUCCGUGUGGAAUGAUCAGCAGCAGCCCUGGGCUGUUCAUGCCAUCACGUGUUUGCUGCAAGAUCUUUUGGAUGCGGACAAGCAGUUCCGGGACAAUGAUGUCACACCCACCAAUGACACGCCUCGUACCAUGGAAGCUGCUGUGCAAGAAACACGAGAUCUUUUCAGCGACUACACUUCCACUGCUUCCUCGUGUACUGAGGCACUAUUUGAGACGCUGAUGCCGACAGCAAGAGAAUUUUAUCAAGAGGCCGUUAAAUAUAAUUAUCUUCCGUCAUUAAUUGAAUGCGAUGACACGGAAUUCGAUGAAAUGCUGAACGACAUUGACAUGAUUGAAAGAACGAAGCCAGUUACCAAGAAAGAAAGUAACGCCCUCUGCAAGAACACCUUUAAUUUCUUCUGCAAGUCUAUCUCCAUUGCUCUGGACUCACGAUUGGACGUGGGCCUGGAAUUGCACGUAGAGACGCAGCUUAGAAGGCUAACAAAUCGCACAUCCCUGGAUCUCUAUUCAUCGCUUCCCCAGGUGUUGACCAAUGAGUUUGUCUCUCCACCACCCGAGGCUGCUCCUUGGCCAGAAUAUUUGACUCAGCUUUGGUCAGGCACGGAAUACAACGGUCGCAAUACCUAUGUGAUGUUUAAAAAGGUCUUUGACUCCAUCCUGGCGGACUUGCACUAUGAAGACACGUGGGUGCACUUAGAGCAGGUGUUGCAGAUGUGGCUUACCCUAAACUGCGAGCUCUCGGACAAGCCAUACACCAGUGGCAUCACUCACUCGGAUGUCCCGAAAAUUCCGUUUGGAGCAAAUGCAGUGCAGGGAUUGCUCCUGGCUUUGGCUUGGCACAAUGAUAUAAAACUGCGGACCUGGUGUCUGGGAUUCCAGUGUCUGUUCCUCGCUUGCAACUCGUUGCCUAUUGGAGAGGAUGCGGACUGUACGCGCAUCAACGAGGCUAUCGUGAAUGAUGAAAACUUUGAGAAAAUGCUGCUGCGGUUCUUUUCUGGUUAUGGCAUGAGCUCAUCUAUCAUCACCAACCGAUGCGCUGGACCGACAAUUUGUAAGCACCUGCACGAGUUACUGCUUUGGCUGCACAGCAAAAGCGAAACGAGUGGCAUUCCUUGCAAGCGCCGACUUAAGGACAUUUUGUUGCAUGUUGUCCUCCAGUUGGUGCAGCCUGGUGGCGCUAUCAGCAACCAGCAAGGUCCCAUCGAUGCUCAAAAUCAGCUGGUUCGUGAUCUGCUCAUGAUGCCAAAUGAUAAGGGGGAUCUCAACAUUGCGCUUAAGAUCACAGAAAGUGUUUCAUUCCUGGUGUACAACAAUAUAUCCAAUGGCGAGAAACUACAGUGUCAGCGUGGAAAUGAAAACAGCACAGCCGGCAAUAAUUUUAGCAAUCUGUUUGCUAACGUUCUGGGUUCGGAAAAUCCCGCCAAGCAGAAUGCCACUAUCUGCGACAACUCCCUUAUUAUAAAUUUGCUUAAACUAUCGUCACACAUGGUAUUGACAGAGAUGCCCAGGCAACCGAGUGAGGUUACCAUUCCCGAGGAGGAGGAGCUUUCCAAUCAGAGCCAAACGGAUGAGACUAAAGCGGAGCAGCUAAACACGGAAGGACAUCGCAGCAAAGUGCCUUGCAUUGCAGAUUGGGUACUCCGCCAUUUUCCAACAAUGAAGCGACUUUUUGGAACGCUCUCCCAGUGCUCGACAAACACAUUCACCAUGAUGUCCUCUGGCUGCUUUUUUUCACUCAAGUCCAAUAUGAUUCUGGAUGACCCGCAGACAAUCGCAGACGCCGUUUUUAGUUUGAUGAUUACCCUCAACGACAAGGCCUCUCAUCCCCGACUUGUUGUGGCGCCCAUUUGCCAAUACCUUGAAGAAACCACUAUUCAGAGAAAUGCAACGCUGCCGCGUCUGCCGCUGUCUGAACCCUUCCUGUGGUACAUCUCAAAGGUCUUGGAGGUAACAGCGGCUGUGCAAACGUUCACGCAAUUGGGUGGAAUUCAGAUUAUAUGUCACAACUUGGUGCGACUCAAUAAAACUAUUAUCAACAUGCAACCAGGAUUGAUUUCGCUGAUUAUGCAGCACUUGACGCGCAAUACACGCUUUAAGCGUAACAGUCAUGUGGCGGCAAGUAGUGCGUGCAAAAAGACAACGACUGGUACGGGGACAGCAUGUGCUACGGCAGCACAGCCGCCGAGAAGUGCUGCUCAGUAUGAUGGUCUGAUCAACUUUGCACCUUUCUCACAUAUUGUCUCCGAAAACGACGCAGCACAAAGUGCCGAGGUUCUAAUAUCAAAUCCAAAUAAUUCACAUCGAAGACCGCGAUCGCCAGCCUGGAGCUAUAUGUUCUAUCCAAAUGAGACCCAUGUGGAUCUGACCAUAACGUUGCCCACAGCGAUUUUGCUGAAAGAGGUGCAGCUGAUGCCGCAUACAACUAGCUUGGCAUCCUGUCCCUCGGCGGUGGCUCUUGAACUGUCCAGAGAUUACGGCCUUGGGUCGAUCCCAGUGGGUGCUCCCAUGGCCACCACUGGUCUGACUUGCAUUAGGCUAAAGCUGGCCAAGGCUGAGGUGGCCACCAGCAUCGUUCUGAGGCUGUACAAACCCAAGGACUGUGGAAAUGUGGGUCUCGUACAGAUCGCUGUACUUGGUCAGACCAUCUUCGGGAAUCGUAUGCAUGGUCUUCGCUCACCGAGCCCGUUCAUCGACUCCCUAGCAACCUGCUCCUCGCCGCUGCAAACGGCGGCUUUAGCCUCAAUGGAUGCAGAUUCCAUGCUUGAGGAUGAUGCUUUUGCAAAGACUAGCAUUGGCUGGGUUCGCAUUUUGUCGCGCUGCUUCCACGUGGCCGCUUUACAACCAGACAGUAAGCUGGCUGAUCUUAUCGCCGCCUAUCCGGCUGCAUAUCCCGGCUUUUUAGAGGCCUGUUGCUCAUUGCUUAACAUAAUGCCAAUGAUUCCAAGUCUUGCCCAGCAACACCUGGAGACCAUUUUGUUAAAAUUAAGUGCUUACAACCACGAGAUCAGUUUGCAGCUUCUCAGGACGCUUCUGUGGCACACCACUCCGCAAGUUUUUAAACUCUCCAGCGAUGCGGUGUGCGAUCUCAUUCAUGAAGUGGUUACCGGAUCGUCGGAGCACCUAUUGGACAAACUGCGUGUGCUUAUCGACUGGGUGAUGCAACUGCAUGACAAUUACAGCAAGCAGGCGCGCUGUAAUAAUCCACAAAGCGGAUUCGUUAAGGUGAUUGCUUCGAUUCUGUGGAAAGUGCAUACCCAGCAGCAACUGCCUGAGUUACCGCUUCUCAUAUCAUCUUCGCUGUUUGAGACCUGUUUUGAAUGGGUGUCUUCGCUGGAGCACGAUGAGCCACUGAAGAGCAGUUUCGACUCCUUGUUGUGUGCGUUGUGCUUCAUUAAGCCAGAACUGUUUAACCAGCUGUUGGUCAAGCUGGGAGUAAAACUGGAACCUCCAGCUCGCGGUCAGACUGACGACAGCAAAGUGCAAAGUGGUAGUGCGUGGUUCCGCCGUGAGGGUAGCGAAAACCUUAGUGUUCUGCUACAGCGUCCAACAUUCCUGAAGACUCUAGCCUUGGCCUGCCAGUCUCCGGCAGCAGUUUACCAGAUGCUGGACUCCGGACUUCCAAAGCUAUUGGCUCACGCUAUUUACGAGUACUGCAUGCACCUCUUGCCAGGAUCGGAGCCUGUAGCUUCUGCAACCACAGUCGCUGUGGCGGAAGACGAAAUAUUAGCCAACAAUCAGGCCGCCGCUGCAGCAGAUGAUGAGGAUUCGUCCCUUACGGACUUUGACAAGGCCGAAGCAAAUGUGGGUAAUAAUACUCCACUGCUUAGUAGCUCCAAUGUGCCCAAAGUACUAGAUUUCUUUGCCGAAUGUUGUGCCGAAGGUCCCAUGCGAGAUUGGCUAGGGACUAUGCAGGGAUCCGUAUUUUGGAAGCCUCUGCUGCAGUUGCUUUGCAACACACAUGCCGCCCAGUUCAGCAAGACGUUGCCCAUGCAACAAUCGUUUAUUCGCCUGGAGCGGGCCACUAUCAACUUUUUCACGCGGGUCAGUGCCUGCCAUCCCGGAAACCAGGAAGUUCUUACAUCGCUGCUCAUUGGAGCCAUAAUUUGCAAACCAUUACGAUCUUCGCAUGGAGUUCGACCAACUAUAUCUGGAUUUACCAGACAGCUGGUGCUGCAGCUUCUCCUCGAGAACGAACACAUCACCGUCUCUGUGAGAAGUCAGCAGCCCUUGCAACGGCGGGAUACCCUCUCCGCCAUCUUGGGCGGGAAUUCGAGUGGUGCCAGUACUAGCUUACCCGUAGCAGCCGUCAACAAUCAUCCGGCCAAGAGGAGCAGCGCCCACCAUAUGCUAUUCACGGUGACCACCAGCACCACGUGCCAAGAGAUUAUGCAGAAUUGCGUUAGUGUGUAUAGUAAUCUAGUUUAUCAACAACCAACAGAUCAACGAGCUGGCGAGGCCUCGACCUCGAGCAGUGGCGUGUCGAGUGCGACUGCCAAAUCAAGUGAGAGCAAAAUGGAAAAAAGCAGCUUCCUAAACUUUAACAACGUAGAAGCGGGUAGCAUGGAGUUCCUUACCGUCGGAGCUGCUGUGGCUGCCAAGGACAAGCGCAUAAAAGAUGCCAAAAACCAAGCAGCCAUGAACAAGGACAAGGAGACUCAGACCAGCUCAACGAACUUGCCGUCCAAUAUAUUCAACGUGGAGGAGUUCUUGUUGCAAUCGGCGAAUGCCGCCAAUGGAAACCAGUUGGUCAUACCAGAGUAUUCUGAUAUUCUUCUGGCUGGAGAUGCCACCAUCUCGCAGGUUUUGGCCUCGCUUCAGAAUGCUGGACAUUCUCUGUCGACGCCCUGCAUAUCGCUUGAUCUGGUGCCCCAACAGCGCGCCGAUGACACAAGCGAGGCGAAGAAGACGAAAGCUGCUUGCACUGAGCCGUUGCCAUCACCACUGCAACGAUUUUCCAGCAGCGGUGGUCUAUCUUUACUCGCUCACUACCUACCCACCGUAUAUCCGGAACACUCUGGUCGCAAGACCACCUUGGUGGUUAACGAAAAGGAGAAAAGUCCGCCGCUCUCUGACUGGGUAAAGCUGGAGCCGAACGACGAGAUUUACGAGGACUUGGAGGACACUAUCUGUGAGCCAGCAGCUAAGCAGGCAACGGUCAGUUCGGUGCCACAGCACUCGCUGGCCGCAUUUGGAUUAUUCCUGCGCCUGCCCGCCUACUCGGAUGUCUUGCUGCGAGACAAGAUGCGAGCGCAGUGCCUUCUCCGCUUGGUGCUCGGAGUCACGGGAGAUGGCGAAGGCAAUGAUAUUUAUAGUCUGUCGCUGGCACCAUCCUUGCCUACAUUGCCCUUCGAGGUCUUCCGUCAGCUUCUUGAUAGUGUGCCGUUAUCCACAGACGACGGUGUUUUGCUACGUCGUGUGGUUAUCGAAGUGGGGGCCAUGCAUCUAGUGCUUAACUGCCUCGGCAUUUUCUCGCAUCAGUCGCACAACAACAGGAUUGGAGCACCGAUUAGCGAACCCUCACCAAAUGGAACUAGUAGUGGUAGCGGCACCAUUGGCAAUGGAAGCGGAAACGGAAAUGUUAGCGGUACCAAAGUCAAUGCUCCAGAGGAGGCCACACCAAGUGCCACGUCGGACGACAAAAGCCACAUGUACUGGGCCAAGGGCACUGGUUUCGGUACCGGUUCCACCACUCAGUCGUGGAAUGUGGAGCAGGCGCUACUUCGGCAAAAGAGCGAGGAGGAGCAUGUCACGGUGUUGCUGCUUGUUCUGGCGAGUUAUAUAAAUCCGGGUGACUGCAUCCCAAGUGACAUGUGCGGAGAGGACAUCCUAGCUUAUCAUGAUGUCAGAGAUGUCACCGGAGAGUUGCCGCCCAUCUUCCAAACCCUAUUACAGCAGUCUUGCUUAAUCCCCGCCCUCAGCUCCUAUCUGCGCAAUGAUUCAGUGCUUGAUAUCACGCGCCACAUUCCGCUAUACCGUGCCAUACUCAAACUUCUGCGUGCCCUAUCGCUAUCCAAGAUGCUCGUCUCCUUGCUCCAACCUUCAGCUGGUGGCAGUGGGGAGAGCACGCCACCCAUAGUGGAGUUGCUCACAAACAUGAAGACCUGUGUGGAUACCUACGCCAAACGGUUAAAAGUUAACAAGAAGUCAAAUAUUAAGGGCCAGACUCAUCAGUUGACUUUUAACAUCGAUGAUGGCGAUGAUGAAGGAUUAGCUUUGCUCAUUCCGGAUAUCCAUGAAACCAGUGUCCUGGUGCAAAAAACCACAGAUGCGGAUGCGCUAAUUAACAUGCUGCACACCAACGAAGACGGCAGCGCACAGCUGGAGCCGCUUAGCAAGUCAAUUGAACAGCGCUACUUGGAGCUAAUGAAGAAGCGCCAGUUCGAUACGUUUGACAUGAUUGUUGAGUCGGACAACAACAGUUUCCGCUUUGUGGUCUCGCACCACUUCGAAAAGAUGGUGCGGCUCGCCGGCGAUCGCUACCAUCCGUCACGGGUCAAGCGACUCGCCCAGGAGGCAGUUACACUGUCCACCAGCCUGCCCCUCAGCUUUAGUAGUUCUGUAUUUGUGCGCUGUGAUACUGAUAGAUUGGAUAUCAUGAAGGUACUCAUAACUGGCCCGGCGGACACGCCCUACGCCAACGGGUGCUUUGAGUUCGAUGUCUUCUUUCCACCGGACUACCCCAACCAGCCCAUGCUGAUCAAUCUGGAGACCACGGGUCGUCAUUCGGUGCGCUUUAACCCAAACCUCUACAAUGACGGCAAAGUUUGCCUGUCAGUUCUCAACACCUGGCAUGGCCGGCCUGAGGAAAAAUGGAAUGCACAGACCUCUAGCUUCCUGCAGGUACUCGUCUCUAUCCAGUCUCUGAUCCUCGUGCCCGAGCCCUAUUUCAAUGAACCGGGCUUUGAAAGGAGUCGUGGCACUCCGAGUGGUACCAACUCAUCACGUGAAUACAACAGCAAUAUAUAUCAGGCCUGUGUGCGGUGGGCUAUGCUGGAGCAGAUACGCAGUCCGAGUCAGUGCUUUAAAGAUGUCAUACACAAGCACUUCUGGUUGAAGCGGGAGGAGAUUUGCGCGCAGAUAGAGGGCUGGAUCGAGGAACUGGGUAAUUCGCAGUACACCGAGAGGGCCAGUCGCACUAUAUCGUUCAACUCAAUGGUCUUGCGCCGUCACUAUCGCCACCUGCGUGAGGAGUUGUCCAAGCUAAAGCCGCCACGUGGUCUAGAGGACUUGGAUGCACCCUUCAAUCCGGUGGCCACGCUACCACCGCUGGACGUGUCCGCGGUGGCUCCCUCACUGGCAGCCACCAAGACCGUCCAGGCGGGAACGGAUGAUGCCAUAGUGCCAGAUAUGAAUCUGCUUAGCGAGAAUGCGGAUGAAGGCGAAGCUGAUGGCGAUGCCGAAGGCGAUGGAGAUGGAGAUGUGGACGAUGGCUUUAAGGGGUUCCCACAAGAAGAGGGUUUGCUGACGGGCGAGGAAGAGGUCGUGGAAAUUCUAAGUGAUACGGAGAACGAGAGCAGUGUGUGGCAAGAGAAAGAGGAGGAAGAGCUGUGAAUGCCUGGCUGCCCAAAGAUGCUGGAGAUGGAUGUGAAUUGAUGCCCAGAAGCUGCUUGCCCUGGCCUACCGCAUCUGCGCUGCCCUAGACAUUUUUAUUUAUAUGCUAUGAGUUUUGUUUUUCGCCUUUACUUGUUUUAAUUUUUGUAAGAGAGACUGCAACAGAA